AUGGGUCUCAAGUCACUGUUCUCCUUGGGUCUGCUCUCUCUCGCAGCGGCCGCACCUGCAGCAGAACCCCGACAAGAAACUCAGUAUGAGUACAUCGUAGUUGGCAGUGGAGCCGGUGGUGGACCUUUGGCAUCUCGCCUUGCGCGUGAAGGCCACAGCACUCUGUUGAUCGAGGCUGGUGAUGAUCAGAGCAGCAAUCCAAACACGACUAUCCCCAUUUUCCAAACGCUCGUCUCAGGAGACCCUGCCAUCCGUUGGGAUUACUAUGUUUCCCACUACCAAGAUCAACAACAGGCUGUAAAGGACCCGAAGUACAGUUACGACACCCCGAAUGGAGAAUACACUGGCUUGACACCUCCUGCUGGUGCGACCCCUAAAGGAGUUCUCUACCCGCGUGCUGGUACUCUCGGUGGAUGUGUGACACACAACGCCCUCAUCUUCAUCACAGCCCAUGAUUCGGACUGGGACGACAUCGCAAGCCUCACAGGCGAUGCUUCAUGGCUCUCUAGGAACAUGGGCAAGUACCUGGACAAAGUCUACGAGUGGCAACCUGUGAACCCAACAGACCCAUCCAUUCUGCUUAAGGACCCGCAACUCGUCCGGCAGCUCGCUGGUGGUGCUGGUGUGAUCUCCCCUGGACUCAAUCCCCUCAGGCCAUACGUCGGCCUUGGAAACGCACUUCUCAACGACCCCAACGCUCGCGUUGCAGGUCGCGACUCCACUGAGGGUUUCUACCCAAUUCCUUUGAUUGCCGAAGGCGGUGCGAGAAAGAGUGUUCGCGAACACAUUCUGGAUACUGUCGCUCAGGGGUUCCCUCUCACCAUCAAGACCAACACCUACGUCACAAAGGUCAUCUUCGACAAGUCUGGCGACACUCCAAAGGCAACUGGCGUGGAGUACCUUGAGGGAAGCUACCUCUACCGCGCCAGCCCUCGCAGCGGUGGUUCCCAAGGAAAGCCUGGCUCAGUCAAUGCUACAAAGGAAAUCAUCCUCGCAGGAGGCACCUACAACACCGUCCAGAUGCUCAAGCUUUCCGGGAUUGGCCCCAAGGAUGAGCUCAAGUCCUUCGACAUCCCGGUUCUUGUCGAUUUGCCAGGCGUUGGUACCAACAUGCAGGAUCGUUACGAGAUUGGUCUCAACGUCCAGCACAAAGAAGACUUCCCCAUCCUGAAGGGCUGCACACUGGACGCCAAGGAUCAUGACGAGUGUUACAAGCAAUGGAUGAAUGGCGCCCCCGUCCUCGCCCAACGAGGAGCCUACGCUACAGACGGUCUUGCCGCGACCAUGGUCGCUCAUUCCGACUACGCGGAUAACGCCGACGUUGACAUGUUCAUCUUCGGCAGCCCAGCAAACUUCACUGGUUACUUCCCACAGUGGUAUGACCACAUCAUCGACAAACACAACUUCUUCUCCUGGUACACACUCAAAGCUCACACGCGCAACAACGCCGGAACUGUCAAACUCCGAUCCAAGGAUCCUCUCGAUGUCCCACAGAUCGAGUUCAACUACUUCAGCUCUCCAGGCUCAGACAAGGAUCUCGCAUCCAUGGUCCAAGCCCUCAAGAUGUCCCGUCAAGCUCUCGACAAGUACAACAACGAGGCAAGUCUGGCUCUCAUCCCAGGCAGCAAAUUCGAGGAGUUCUUCCCAGGUCCCAAGGUCCAGACCGAUGCGCAGCUUGCAGAGUAUAUCAAGGACCGGACUUGGGGACAUCACGCUUCGUGCUCGGCACCAAUUGGUGCUGACGGUGACAAGAACGCUGUGCUUGAUAGCAAGUUCCGUGUCCGGGGUGUCAACGGCCUGCGUGUUGUUGAUGCUAGUGUGUUCCCCAAGAUCCCAGGUGUCUUCAUCCAAGCACCGAUCUUUGUUAUGAGCGAGAAGGCUGCGGAUACCAUCCUUCACGGUUAA